AUGCUUUCUAGAAACGCAAGGGUCGCGAUCAGAAGAUCCAUGGCUACACAUGCCACAUCUCAAAAAUUCUCAUCAAUAAUACCAGAAUCCUUAAGAUCACGUACUCCACCAUACGCGAAAUUAUUAGCAAACCUAGCCAAAGUGAAGCAAUUAACAAACAAUGCUCCAUUAACAUUAGCUGAAAAAAUCCUAUAUUCACAUUUAUGUGACCCUGAAGAAUCAAUCACAUCACCAAACUUGGCAGAUUUGCGUGGUGCCAAAUAUUUAAAGCUAAACCCUGAUCGUGUCGCUAUGCAAGAUGCUUCAGCUCAAAUGGCAUUAUUACAAUUCAUGACCACAGGUCUACCACAAACCUCAGUCCCCGCAUCUAUCCAUUGUGAUCAUUUGAUCGUCGGUAAAGACGGUGAGGCUAAAGAUUUACCAUCCUCCAUUGAAAACAACAAAGAAGUCUUUGAUUUCUUGGAAAGUUGUGGUAAGAAAUACGGUAUCCAAUUUUGGGGCCCAGGUUCAGGUAUCAUUCAUCAAAUUGUAUUGGAAAACUUUUCUGCCCCUGGGUUAAUGAUGUUAGGUACUGAUUCUCAUACUCCUAAUGCAGGUGGGUUAGGUGCCAUCGCUAUCGGUGUCGGAGGUGCUGACGCUGUGGAUGCAUUGACUGCUACUCCAUGGGAAUUGAAAGCUCCAAAAAUUCUGGGUGUACAUUUAACUGGUAAGUUGAAUGGUUGGUCCGCUCCAAAGGAUGUUAUCACCAAAUUAGCAGGUAUGUUAACCGUGAGAGGUGGUACUGGGUACAUUGUAGAAUAUUUCGGUGAAGGUGUCAAGAAUUUAUCUUGUACUGGUAUGGCUACCAUUUGUAAUAUGGGUGCUGAAAUCGGUGCUACUACUUCCACUUUUCCAUAUCAAGAAGCUCAUAAACGUUACUUGAAUGCCACGGGAAGAGCUCCAGUUGCUCAAGCUGCUGACAUCGCGCUAAAUCAAUACGGAUUCUUGAAAGCUGAUCCAGAAGCUCAAUAUGAUAAAGUUAUUGAAUUAAAUCUUUCUGAGUUGGAACCUCAUGUUAAUGGUCCUUAUACUCCAGAUUUAUCUACACCAAUUUCAAAAUAUGCUGAAACAAGUUUGAAAGAAAAUUGGCCACAAAAGAUUUGUGUUGGUUUAAUUGGGUCUUGCACAAAUUCAUCAUAUCAAGAUAUGAGUCGUGUCGUUGAUUUAGUUACUCAAGCUGCUAAAGUUGGUUUGAAACCACGUAUACCAUUCUUUGUCACUCCAGGUUCUGAACAAAUUAGAGCUACUCUAGAGAGAGAUGGUAUCAUUAAGAUUUUCAAAGAUAAUGGUGCUAAAGUUUUGGCAAACGCUUGUGGUCCAUGUAUUGGUCAAUGGGAUAGAGAAGAUGUUCCAAAGGCAACUAAUGAAAUUAAUUCCAUUUUUACUUCAUAUAACAGAAAUUUUAGAGCAAGAAAUGAUGGUAAUAGAAAUACAAUGAACUUUUUGACUUCUCCAGAAAUUGUUACCGCUAUGAUUUAUUCAGGUAACGCUCAAUUUAAUCCAAUGACUGAUUCCAUUAAAUUAGAUAACGGUGAAUUGUUUAAAUUCCAACCUCCAACUGGUGAAGAAUUACCAUCAAAGGGAUUCGAACAUGGUAGAGAUGAAUUUUAUCCCGAAUUAGAACCAACUGCAAACGCAGAUGUUGAAGUUAAAGUCUCUCCAAUCUCUGAUCGUUUACAAUUGUUAGCUCCUUUUAAACCUUGGAAUGGUAAAGAAUUGAAGACUAACGUUCUAUUAAAAGUCGAAGGAAAAUGUACCACUGAUCAUAUCUCUGCCGCUGGUGUUUGGUUGAAAUAUAAAGGUCAUUUAGAAAAUAUCUCUUACAAUACUUUAAUUGGCGCUCAAAACAAAGAAACUGGUGAAGUUAACAGAGCUUAUGAUAUUGAUGGUAAGGGUUAUGAUAUCCCGGAAUUAAUGAUUAAAUGGAAAAACGAAGGUAAACCAUGGACUGUCAUUGCUGAACAUAAUUACGGUGAAGGUUCUGCUAGAGAACAUGCUGCUUUAUCUCCAAGAUUCCUAGGUGGUGAAAUCAUUCUUGUUAAAUCAUUUGCUAGAAUCCAUGAAACUAAUUUGAAGAAACAAGGUAUGUUACCUCUAACUUUUGCUAAUGAAGCUGAUUACGAUAAAGUUACUGCUGGGGAUGUCUUGGAAACUGUAGGUUUAAUUGACUUAGUCGCUAAAGAUGGUAACAAUGGAGGUUUCUUAGACGUUAAAGUCACUAAACCAUCAGGUGAAUCAUUCAUAAUUAAGACUAAACAUACUAUGUCUAAGGAUCAAAUUAAUUUCUUUAAAGCUGGUUCUGCUAUCAACUAUAUCGGUAGUAUACGAAGAGCUGAAAAGGCUGCUACUAAAUAA